GAUAUAUAAAAUGUUAUAUAUGUGCUUACAGGAUAUCUAAUACGACUCUGUGUGAAUUUGCAAGUAAGACAAUGAGAAUGCUGUGGUUAUUUUCUCUUCUAAGCGUCUGUUACGGACAAACUACAUGGACAUGCAUGUCAAGCAAUGACGCGUUCUUGGUAAAUUCUAGCUCAAAAAAUUUGGAGGAGAAAAUUCAUUCUUUAGAAGUUCAAGUAAAACAACUUCAGAGGCUCGUAAGGAAACAAGAUAGACCCUCUUAUACAUCCAUUGAAGGCUUUCCAAGAGAUUGUUUAGAGAUAUAUAAGAAUGGGACAAGAACUGAUGGCAUCUACUCCAUCUCGCCAGAUGGCAGGUGUCCGUUCUUUGUCUAUUGUGAUAUGACAAACGGGGGCUGGACGUUAAUACAGAAACGGGUGGACGAUAAGAUAAACUUUUAUCGGUCUUGGGAUGACUACGUCAGUGGUUUUGGUGACAUUGACGGUUCACAUUGGCUAGGUUUAGAGAACAUUCAUCGUUUGACUCGUGAUGGCAGUCAGAUUUACUUUGAAAUGGAAAACUAUGAAGGAAAGACGGAGUACGCUCACUAUAAAGUGUUCACCGUGCACGAGGCAGCGACGACCUACAAAAUGAACGUCGAUGCUUUUAAUUAUGAGGGCAAUAUCAACGAACUGCUCAGUUACCAUGACAAUAUGAAAUUUUCAACUUACGAUAGGGACAAUGAUGACCUCCCAACGACAAAUUGUUGCACAAAAUAUUUGGAUGGAGGUGGAUGGUGGUAUAAGAACUGUUAUAGAUUGGCGAAUGUAAACGGUGUGUAUGGUAAAAUGGCACAAGGAGGGAUCGGUUACUGGACGACAAGGAAUAUCCCGAUAAAAAAUGUAACUGUAAAGGUAAAAGACAUUCGAGGCAGAUGUUGAAAUGAGGAGAAUUUUGCGAAAUUUUGUUACAUUUUAUACUGUAAUGAAUGCAUCAUAAAUCAUAGUUUUCAAUUGUUAUUGUUGUUAAAUGUAUAAGUAUGUUUCUAUUGAAUUCAAACAAAUAUAUAUGUAAGAUAAUUUCUUUACUGCUGUUUUAUAUAUUAAUAAAUAGUAAAUUUUUCUUCAGGAAAACUAAAACGAAAAAAUCAUAUAUUAUUCUAUUCUAUUAAAAUAUCAUUUAUGUAUGAAUACAAAUUAAUAUGUUAGCGUUUUAUUAUGAUUAUGACAAAUUGUACUAUAUCAAAACUGUAUUAACAUUUUUAUAUAAAGUAGAUUGUUUUA